AUGAACCUCACCACGGGCGCGAGCGUCCCAGAACUCUUAGCGCUGGACAACAUCCGCACCCAGCUCAUCCGCCUGGAGGACACUAUCAUCUUCUCGUUGAUCGAGCGUGCCCAGUUUGCGCGCAACAAGCGUAUCUACGAGGCGGGCGCGUUUGAGGCCGAAAUGGGCUCCCAGGAGCCCCUUCUCAAUUGGUUCAUCCGCGAGACCGAGAGCUUUCACGCCAAGGCGCGCCGCUACACUUCACCCGAUGAGCACCCUUUCACGCCGCGCGAGCUGCUCCCUACGCCAGUUCUUGUUCCAAUGGACUUCCCUCCCCUCUUGCAUGUCCCCGCGGCGUCCCAUCCCUCGGUCAAUGUGAAUGACAGCAUCCUCGACUUCUACGUUAGGCAUAUUGUGCCUGGAAUCACAAAGGACAAGGACGACGGCAACUACGGGAGUAGUGCCACUCGCGAUGUAGAAGUGCUCCAGGCACUCAGCCGGCGUAUUCAUUUCGGCAUGUUUGUGUCCGAGUCCAAAUUCCAGUCGGCGCCGGCCGACUUUAUCCCUCAUAUCCUCGCCAACCCACCGAACAAGGACGCGCUGGCUGCGCUCAUCACCAAGCCAGCGGUUGAGGCGCGCUUAUUGGCACGCCUAGCCAACAAGGCCAAGGUGUACGGGUGUGAGAUGGAUGCGGACGGACACGUGAUUGAGGACACGGCGACGCGGAUCGACAUCAAGGCCGUCGUUGCACUGUACCACGACUGGGUUAUCCCUCUGACAAAGGAGGUUGAGGUCGAUUAUCUUGUUCACCGGCUCGACGAGGUGCCUCAGUCGCAGAUUGACGAGUGGAUGGGCACCGCAUAG